GUCUGCACUAUUGCAGGACCAUUUCUACCCUCUGCAUAGAAGAACUACCAUACUAUUGUCUGAUCAAACAAACAACAAUGAAGAGCUUAUUUCUUCUUUUAAUCCUGGGAAUUGUCCUGUAUGAGGCGGCAGCAAAUAAGUGUUCAUCCACGGAUAGUUCUGGUUGUCCGACAGACUGGAGGGAGAUUGGUGGUAGAUGUUACUUCCUCUCCAGUGAGAUGAAAACAUGGGUGGAAAGCAGAAAUUACUGUCGAAGACAAGGCGCUGACCUGGUGGUGAUCAAUAGUAUAGAGGAACAGAGAGCCUUGUACCGUCUGGAUGGGGACCAUGAGCUUUUGUUCUGGAUUGGUCUGGAUGGCAGAGAUGGGGAUUUCAAAUGGGUCGAUGGUUCCGCACUGACAAGACCAUUCUGGCAGGAAGGACAACCAGAUGAUGCAGGUCCAAACACCAAAGUUGAAGACUGUGUGGAGAUGUAUCACCACAACCCCGUGUACGCCAACUGGAAUGACGCACCCUGUGAAAGCACACGCCGCUGGAUGUGUGAAGAAACUAAAUGAUGUUAUUUACAAUUUAAUGAAGCAAAGAUGUUUUUUCAUGGAAUGGAAAAUUUCCAAUGAUAAAAAACUCAAGCUUUGGAAACAAGUUCAAUAUCAGUAUAUGAUGUGCCACAUUCUGUACUCUGCUACUUUUGAGAUACUUGGUGCUAUUUUUGUGAUGUUUUUGUAGUUUGUUACAUGUCAAACUGUGUGUGAAAUUGACAAAGUGCUUGCGGUGAGAUGUCUGUGUAGGUUCUCAUUUGCCCAGGUCAUUGUUCUUUGAGGUAGUUCUUCUCAGUUCAACUGGACUGCUUUAGCUCUUUUGAAAACAUUUUGUCUCUUGGAUUAGAGACGAAACAUUUUGACAAAAUGUAUCAGUCGUCGUUUGUUAUCUGAAGAAGAACUGAAGAAGUCUCUCAGAUGAGAUGAAACGUUUUCAAAAGAGCUAAACCAGUCCAGUUGAGGUGAGAUAAAAUCUGAAUGCAGUCUGUUCACAUGUUCAGUUUAACCUUUUAACAUUUACUCUUUCUGGGAACCCUCAUUUGCAGGCUUCUUUUGAAAGAGAAAAUCCUCAAAUUUCUAUAUUUCACAUCUAAACAUCAGUUUAGACACGGCUCAAAUGUAACCUGAACUUUUAACUCCACCGUAACUCUAAAUCUGAAAUGAUAGAGGACAUUUAGAGGUUAACCCUCCUAGACAUAGAAGCAGCCACUGGUGACAAAAAGUAUUCAUUCAUCUUUUUUUUUUUUUUUUUUUUUUUACCUUUAUUUAGCCAGGAAAAAAAAAAACUAAUUAAGAUUAUAAAUCUCUUUUGCAAGAGUUAUCUAAAAUGUUCAAUAACUUUUCAACCGCUAUUCCCACCAAUACGUGUAAAUACUUCAGCUAAGAUGCAGUUUCUCAGCUUUUCUGCAACAAUCACCUAUAACCCAUUUGUUCCAUCAGAAACUCUAUAGUAAAUGUGAAAACACUGUCAUCUUCUGUGGCAUUGACUCUCCAAUAAAACCUUAGCAGUUUCAUAAAUAACA